CUCCUCGACAGCAACACCCCCACCUCAUCUGUGCGAACAAGGGUAUACAUAGUGUGUCACACUUCGACAUCCACCACCAUCACCAUGCCCGCGCUGCCCAUCAUCGAUCAUUCCCCUCACCAUCCCGAGCCUUCCGCGCCUGUCGCAACAGCUUCCAACUUGAUUCUCAUCGACAACUACGACUCAUUCACCUGGAAUGUCUAUCAGUAUCUAGCUCUCGAGGGCGCCACCGUUACCGUAUACCGUAAUGACGAGAUCACUCUCGAGGAACUCAUCGCAAAGAACCCAACCCAGCUAGUAAUCAGCCCAGGUCCAGGUCACCCCUCACAAGACGCUGGCAUCAGCAAUGCCGCCAUUAAACACUUCCAGGGAAAGGUACCCAUCUUGGGCGUCUGCAUGGGGGAGCAAUGCAUCAUCCACAGCUUAGGUGGCAAGGUCGACGUGACCGGUGAAAUCUUCCACGGCAAAACGUCACCUCUCAAGCAUGAUGGCAAAGGUCUCUACGAGGGUGCUUCCCAGGACAUUCCCGUUACCCGCUAUCACUCCCUCGCCGGUACCGAAUAUACCAUCCCAGACUGCCUGAAAGUCACUUCCUGGAUCGAGCGAGAAGACAAGUCACAAGGUGUCAUAAUGGGUGUGCGGCACAAGGAGUACGUUGUGGAAGGUGUCCAGUUUCACCCGGAGAGCAUUCUAUCCGAGGACGGCCGCGUCAUGUUCAGGAACUUCCUCCGCAUGCAAGGCGGCACUUGGACAGAGAAUGAGAAGCUAUCCAAGCAAGCCCACGCCCAGGCCAUAGGUGCAGCACCACCCAAGGACACCAAGACGUCCAUCUUGGACAAGAUUUAUGACCAUCGCCGGGCGGCAGUGGCUGAGCAGAAGAAGAUUCCCUCCCAAAGACCGAGUGACCUCCAGGCCUCGUAUGAUCUCAAUCUGGCUCCACCUCAAAUCGAUUUCCCCGAACGGCUGCGCCAGUCUCCUUACCGACUUUCACUCAUGGCUGAGAUCAAGCGAGCAUCCCCGUCCAAAGGCAUCAUAUCAUUGUCCACUUGUGCACCAGCCCAGGCGCGAAAGUAUGCCAAAGCGGGCGCCAGCACCAUCUCUGUUUUGACCGAGCCCGAAUGGUUCAAAGGUAGCAUUGACGAUCUUAAGGCAGUGCGUCAGAGCUUAGAAGGAAUGCCUAACCGGCCCGCGGUGUUGCGAAAGGAGUUCAUAUUCGACGAGUAUCAAAUCCUCGAAGCAAGGUUAGCAGGCGCUGACACUGUCCUGCUAAUUGUCAAGAUGCUGGAUGAAGCGUUGCUGAAAAGACUGUACCUCUACUCACAGUCGCUAGGCAUGGAGCCUUUGGUAGAGGUGAACAACGUCGAGGAGAUGCAAAUCGCGGUUGGCUUGGGCUCGCAAGUGAUUGGUGUGAACAACCGAAAUCUCGUCAAUUUCGAGGUCGACAUGGAUACGACUAGUCGUCUGAUGAACCUAGUACCAAAGGAAACCAUAGUGUGCGCACUAAGCGGGAUCACCGGUCCUCAGGACGUAGAGCCAUAUACCCAGAACGGAGUUGGCGCUGUUCUCGUCGGAGAAGCUUUGAUGCGCGCAUCGGAUACGAUUGACUUCAUCGCGAAACUACUUGGUGGGACCCCUCCAGCAAAAUCCGCUGCGGCAUCAACACCGUAUGUGAAAAUCUGCGGAACUCGCAGCGUAGAAGCUGCCAAAACUGCAAUUGAGGCGGGUGCGGAUCUCAUUGGAAUGAUCCUGGCCCCAGGUCUCAAGAGAACAGUGUCGACCGAAGUAGCGCUCGCCAUCUCGCGUACUGUUCACGAGACGAAAAAACCACAGGCCUCAAGCACAUCAGCACAAGACGCACCGACCGCUGCAUCAGACUUCUUCCAGCACGCUUCCUUGACUCAUGUUGCCAGUCAGGAGCGCGCACUCAUCGUCGGUGUCUUCCGUAAUCAGCCCCUCGAGUACGUCCUCGAGCAACAGCAGCUUUUGAAUCUCGAUAUAGUCCAACUCCAUGGCACAGAACCCAUCGAGUGGGCAAAGCUGAUACCAGUUCCUGUCGUCAAAGCAUUUGGCCCCAAGAGUAUCGGGAUUGGACUACGCGGCUACCACGCUCUUCCCCUGCUCGACGCGGGCUCGGGUGGAACGGGCCAGCAGCUCGAUCUAUCGGACGUCAAAGAGGUUCUUGCGCGCGACGAUGGUGUUCAGGUCAUCUUCGCUGGCGGUCUUACCCCCGAAAACGUUCAGCGCGCAUUGGAAGGGCUAGGGGAGUAUAGAGGACGAGUCAAGGCUGUGGAUGUAAGCAGUGGUGUCGAAGAAGAUGGUCAGCAGAGCUUGGAGAAGAUCCGCAGCUUCGUCAAAGCUGCUAAAGGGAUAUGA